UCCCUCUCUCUCUCUCUCCAAAAGCCUGUUCGCUCUCACUUAUCGCCACCCUUCGCCCGAGCUCAAACCCUCCGAGAAUGGCGGAAACCACGUCCAUUGAAGAAGAGAGAGAAGGACACAACACUACAAUGGAGCCCCUUCUCCCUCGAGAACCCAUCACUACCACCAACGACGCUCCUCCCCACCCAAACCCCUCCAAACCCUCGCCCUCGUCCUCCAACGCCCUCGCCUUUUGGGCCUACUUCACCCUCUCCGUCUCCCUCCUCACUCUCCUCCUCUCUUCCCUCCUCCCCCUUCUCCUCUCCCCCCCCGACCAUCGGGCAUGGUUCCUCUCCUUACCCGACGAUCUCCGCCUCCAUUACUCCCAAGGUAAGCUCAUCAAAGCCUACCCUAACCCAUCCUCCCCUCCGAUCCAAGUUUUCGCCGUCGAGCACGGUCCACGGGAGGAGAGAGCCGAAGCCGUGCUCUUGGUCCACGGCUUGGGUUCCAGCUCCUACUCCUUCCGCCGCGUCCUCAGCUCCCUCGGCUCCCUUGGACUCCGAUCCGUGGCCAUCGAUCUCCCCGGCUCCGGCUUCUCGGAUAAUGUGGAAUUGGUGGGAAGUGGGGCGCGGGGUGGACUUUUUGGUAGGUUUUGGGAUGUGUACAGUGAGAUCAGAGAAAAGGGCUUCUUUUGGGCCUUUGAUCAGCUUAUCGAGACGGGGGAGAUACCUUAUGAAGAGAUCGGAAGGAGGUCUUCGCCGAGUCAUGGCGGCGAGGGAUUUUCUGGAUAUGGGUCGGCAGAAAUCGGCCGUGUUAUUGAGCAGGUUGUGGAUUCGAUGGCACUCGCACCCGUCCAUUUGGUGCUCCAUGAUUCGGCAUUGGGUCCGGGGACGAAUUGGGCUGCAAUGAAUCCCUCUGCCUUGCGAAGUGUUACUUUUAUAGAUACACUGGCAGAGAAUGUGGCUUUUCCUUCUUGGAUUUUGGGUGUGCCGGUGUUUGGAGAGCUGCUCCUGAGGUCUCGUAUGCUGUUUGCUGGGUUGCUAAGGUUGUGCUGUGCAAGAAGCAUGGACGAGUCAGCUGCUGAGGUUCAUAGGCUUCUUUUGAUGGGGAAGGAUAAGAAGAGAGCUGUAGUUGCCACAGGGAAAGCGUUAAAUUAUAGCUUUGAUUUGAGAGAGUGGAAGGAUCUGGAGGCAGUGAAAGAUAUGCCCUUACAGAUGCUCUGGUCAAAUAAUUGGUCGGAUAGAUGGAUUGAUGAAGCGCAGCGAGUUUCAUCUUCUAUUCCAUUUGCAAAAUUUGCUUACCAUUCAGGUGGGCGGUGGCCUCAGGAGGAUGCUGCUGAUGAGAUUUCUCAAAAUAUAGUCGACUUUGUAAACUCGUUACCAAGAUCCAUCAAGAAGGUAAAAGACGAACCUCUGCCAGAGCAUAUCCAGAAAAUGUUGGAGGAAGCAAACAGAGGGCAUUAUGAUCACCACGACCCUGGCCACCACCAUCACCACGAUGGUCGUCAUCAUCACGGUCAUGGUCACGGUCAUGGACAUGAGCAUGCUGCGGGCUAUAUGGGCAUGUAUGGCCUUGGUCAGGGAUGGGGUAGAUGAUUUGAAGUUGAAGGAUUUCUCCUCUCAAUUGAUGGAUAUCGGCUUUGCUGCAGUGUAUAGUCUUGCUGGUUCUAUAUGAAACAGUCGGAUGAGCAUGAGUGAGAAAGGUGUUUGUAUCGAGCUCUUCAACUUUGUCUAAUGAAGAUAUGCUCGGUCUGUUUUUAUCCUCUGGUUAUAAUACUUUUGUUGUGCCGCAUUACAUUACUGUUUCAACCAGUGGAGCAAUCAAGAGUGAGAUUCUUAGCAGAUUUAUUUAAGUGUUGCAUUGUUUGAAAUGUAAUCAACAUUAGUUAACCAAUGUAGCGACUAAAGCUCAUGUGUUGUCCGACCCUGAUGCAUCUGUAGUACAUGAUUCGAAAUGGUUUUGACCAAGUUAAGCGUCGCAUUUGGAAUCUGAAA